UUUCCUCCUUAAUGUGAAACCGUUCUUCCAAAUUUAGAUGAAAUUUCUUAUAAGAUAUUUAUGUAUUUGGUAGGUAGCUGCAUUUGCUAUGCCUGUGGAGGUGCACUUUAUUGGUUCAGUUACUUAACAGUACCCAAUAGAUCAUCAACUUGAAUUCCGAUCCAAUUGUCGAUAUUUGGACAGUAAGCAGUAUUAUGAAUUUUCAGUAGGAGUGAAGUAUGAUAAUGUGAAUGUGGAAGAUAUUCAUAUCUCCCAAGGAUUCGAUUAUCGAUAUGUUUACAAGCGUUAUUUUAUAUAUUCCUACUUAAGCCCAUAGAUUCUGAUACGUCACCGAAGCAUACACCACACAAAGGAAGCAAUGAUUUGUGGAGUGUUUAGGUGAAACCUCGCUUACAUUUACUGGAAUAGAGCUAUACAGAUGCAACCAUUCUUCACCUUCAUCUAUGUCUUUAGUACUGAUUGGAUCUCAUAUAUUUUAUUCAGAGAAUUCUUACAUUCCUUUCGAACCAUAUUCUUCAUAUUCGCUUUGGUUUUUGUGUUAUUUUUACUCAUUUGAUAUUCAUUGUGUUAGUUUCAUUUCGAUAUAUUAAUGCAGUGUCGACUUGGGUCUAUGGACACUUAUUUCAGGUCCUAAAUUGAUUAUAGCCGGUUCAUUCAUUAUCUUCUAGUAGGUCUUAAAUACUGUUACCGUAGAUUUUCCAUCUGUCUGUUCCACUCUGUUCUUUUGUUUUAUCUAUCUAACUGGUUUCUGACUACUGUUAGUUACUUAUCCGAUUGUUCAAUCUUUUUCAGUGAGGUGUGGGGACCUGGACUGAGACGAAUUUGUUCUGAUGUCUUCAUUUCCCAAAUGUCUGUCAUUUGUACGUCACCAUAAUACUCUUGUGGUAUAUCACCCUAUACACUUAUGUUGAACAUUCCACUGACUGGGUAGGAACUAACGAUCUAGACAGGCGUAUCACAUGCCCAUCAAUGCACGGUGAUUUAAAACUUUGACAUAAAAGCUUGUUUUAAGUAAUCAGUUACUUAUUCAUGUAACCGAUAAAGAAGAUUGAUUUCUUUCGAAGAAUUUCUUGCAUUUGAAGCUCUUCUGUGCACAUGCGACUCUUUAUAUUCGUGGACAUUUGAACUGUUCAAUCGAGACGGCCUCGGGGUCAUAUCAUUUGACAAUUUUAAGAAAACACUCGAUAUGACAUCGGUGAAUAAAGAUUUUACGUUUAAUUUCGAUUGUGAUUUCAUCAACCUGCAUUUUUCCAAGGAUAGAUCACGUAAAAUUCCUUAUGAUGAAUUUACGCAAAUAAUUCACGACUUCAAUAAUGAGCAUGCUAUCCAAGCCUUUAAACAAAUGGAUCAAGAUAAAACUGGAACGAUUACAGUUGAUCAGUUUAAAAAUAUUAUUUUGCAGUUGAAAAGUCAUUUGUUGACUCCUUUGAUUAAAGAAAAUUUACUCACAGUUGCCUUACAAGGUGAAAUGAAUGGUGGUCGUAUUACCUUUGCUUAUUAUAUGGCUUUCAUUGCACUCUUGACUAAUAUGGAAUUAGUUAAAAAAGUGUAUCUAAGUCGAACUAAUGGGAACGCCAAAGUAGAAUUGACUAAAGAGGAAAUGUUGAAUGCAGCACAAAAUUUCUCUCAAAUCACACCAAUGGAAAUGAGUAUUCUAUUUCAGCUCAUUUCACUUCUUCGAAAAGAUGGACGCGUUACUUAUCAAGAUUUAUGUGCUAUUACCCCCGUGGAAGAAAAUUCUAUGUCACACCAUAUGCAGGCUCGACUUCAGGGAAAUUCUGGAAAUAAUGUAAAUGUACCUCGUGGAAGAAGUGUUUUAAUGUCCAUACUUGAACAAUGUUAUCGGUUCACUUUAGGCUCAAUUGCUGGUGCAUUCGGAGCUACUGCCGUCUAUCCAAUCGAUCUUGUUAAGACAAGAAUGCAAAAUCAACGUGCUACUGGAUCAACUGCGGGUGAACUUAUGUAUAAAAAUAGCUGGGAUUGUUUUCGUAAAGUAAUUCGAUUUGAAGGAUUUUUCGGUCUGUACCGAGGUUUAGGACCACAGAUAUUAGGUGUUGCACCAGAAAAAGCGAUUAAACUUACCGUCAAUGAUUUAGUUCGUGAUCAGUUUACAAAACCGAAUGGUGAUAUCUCAAUAUAUGCUGAAAUAUUAUCUGGAAGUUGUGCAGGAGCAAGUCAAGUAAUUUUUACUAAUCCUUUGGAAAUUGUAAAAAUACGACUUCAAGUUGCUGGAGAAAUCGCUGAUACAAGGCGUCUAUCAUCCUUCUCAGUUGUCAAAGAUUUAGGACUUUUCGGGCUUUACAAAGGAUCACGAGCUUGUUUUUUACGUGAUAUCCCAUUUUCAGCUAUAUAUUUUACUUCAUAUAGCCAUUUGAAAAAGUAUUUUGCAAAUGAAAAUGGUUGUAAUUCAUCAACAAGCUUAUUACUGGCUGCAACAAUUUCUGGAGUCCCUGCAGCAUUUUUAGCCACACCAGCAGAUGUAAUCAAGACAAGAUUACAGGUUGUAGCGCGUACAGGUCAAACAACAUAUACAGGAGUAAUUGAUGCGGCUAGAAAAAUUUGGCGUGAAGAAGGUGGUCGGGCAUUCUGGAAAGGAUCUGGUGCUCGCGUAUUUCGAUCUAGUCCACAGUUUGGAGUGACACUUUUAUCAUAUGAAACACUUCAAAGAUAUCUCAACUUUGAUUUUGGUGGAAGAGAACUCUCUGGUAAACCAAUUAAUUGUCAUACUUCAGUAUUUCCAACUAAUCCUGAUCAUAUUGGCGGUUAUCAAUAUGCAACAACCACAUUUUGUGGUAUUGAAUCACGUUUAGGAUUAUGCUUUCCAAAAUAUGCAUUGAAUUAAAAUGAUUUGUUUUGUUAAUUUGUGCGCCUUCAUAAUUCAAUCUCGGUUCGAAAUUCUUAUAUUUUUUUCUAUUGAAUUCCUUUUUUUUAUUUUUAUCUAAUGUGACAAUAAUGAUGGGUCCUUUUUAUAAACUGUAUUUUAUUACAACUCUCAGGUGAACUAGGUUUUGCAUAGAAAGCAUAUUCUGUAAAGGUAUUAGAUUGGUUAUAAUAAGCAAACUAUCCAUAUUCAUAUACAUAUACACAACGUUUAACGUAAUAUUUGUCUAACAUUUCCUCUGUUCAUAAAUGUUGUAAUGAAUAUCAAAAAAUAUAGGAUGUAUUCACAUUUGUUCGUCUUGUUCUCUUUCUAUCCUUAACUUGCUUUUUUUUUCCUGUAUUCACUAUGGACAUCAUAAGACUGCAAUUGAAAAGUUCGUUUUGUCUAUGUUAUUUUUUUUCUUUUUUGUCAUAUCUAUGAAUAUAGUAUUCUGUUAUUUUGCAUUCUCUAGCAUUAUGGUGUUUAUGGUUCUUUUUUCUUUUCUGUUUUAUUACAUAAAUCUCUCUUCUGAUCCAAAGUUUAACAGUAUAUUUCCAACGGUCAUUUCGCUAAUUUAUAGUGGUAUUUUAUUCCAUCUCAUUGUAUUAAUAUAUCUUUUAAUUGUACAAUCGACAGUAUAUUAAUAUUUCUGUUACCUCUCCUGGAUUAUUACUGAUACUGUUACAUCAUCCAAUAUUUUUUAGGGGUAAUGACAUCUAAAAUAACUUAAGAUUAUUGUUUUCAAAUUUCUCACAAUUUUAUUUUAUAUUAAUUAUGAACAAGUAUUUCUCAACAGAUGUAAUGACUACAAUUGUACGUAUUAUUUCCUUACUGUUGUACUUAAUUUUUUCUGCAUAAAAUGGUUAAAUAAUGGUGUGACGUGUUUUCAUUUGGAUUUUUUUAAAUUCUUUCUACCACAGUUAUCUAAACUGUUGUACUUUAAGCCUUUGCGUCACAUGCUCG